UAGCGGGGGUAAAGUGCAAAAAACAAGUUCAUCGUGCUCAGCUAGUCAGUCAGGUACAGAAAGAGUGAGGGAGAGAGACCUGGGCAGCGCCACGGCGUCGAAGGGUACACGAUGCAGUGGUACUUGGUGGCCGCGCUCCUCACCGUCCUCACCAGCUCCCAGGGUAUAUUGACAACUCUCUCCCAGAGCAAUGGCAAGUAUAUGUAUGACUAUGCAACCAUUCCCUUCCUAGCAGAGUUCUUCAAGUUGUCUGUAUCAAGUUUCUUCCUUUGGAAGGAAUGUCAGUCUUCAUCUCCACCAAGGAUGACAAAGGAGUGGAGGAGUGUACGGCUAUAUCUUGUUCCUUCAAUAAUAUACCUCAUCCAUAACAAUGUGCAGUUCGCAACCUUGACCUAUGUUGAUCCAUCUACCUAUCAGAUAAUGGGAAACUUGAAAAUUGUCACAACCGGAAUUUUGUUCAGGCUUGUCCUAAAAAGGAAGUUGUCUAAUCUACAAUGGAUGGCAAUUGUUUUGCUUGCUGUUGGUACAACUACUAGCCAGGUCAAAGGAUGUGGAGAUGGACCAUGUGAUUCGCUUUUCUCGGCACCAUUGCAGGGUUACAUGCUUGGUAUACUUUCUGCUUGUCUUUCAGCACUAGCUGGUGUCUACACAGAGUACUUGAUGAAGAAGAACAAUGACAGUUUGUACUGGCAAAAUGUACAGUUAUAUACGUUUGGAGUUAUAUUUAACAUGGGGUGGCUAAUUUAUGGUGAUUUCAAAGCUGGAUUUGAGUUGGGUCCAUGGUGGCAGCGCCUAUUUAACGGCUAUUCUGUCACAACAUGGAUGGUUGUGUUCAAUUUAGGGUCCACUGGUCUACUAGUAUCAUGGUUGAUGAAGUAUUCAGACAAUAUAGUCAAGAACCAGGGGUUCUACCGCGGCUGCGUAGGUGGUAGGAGUAGGAUACUUGUGGCUGGGGCUUGAACCCCCGGCGGGAAGGUGGCGCCGUGGUGCAGCGAGCAGGGGAAGGCGGCGGCGAGAGAGGAGUCGUGAGAGAGAGAGGGAGGCGUGCGUGAGGGAAGGCCCCGUGAGGCUAGGCAAAGUAUUUGCCUUGCUUAAUUAAUUCCGAAACUGUUCAGAGGUAUUUAUCCCUCUCCUAACAAACCUGAUCCUAUUCUUAUGGAAACAAACCAAAGUAUCUAGGGUAAGAAAUCUGGGCAGCAGCCCCAUGACCGACAGCUUGGCCUAGCCACUAUCUCGACCCCGGCGUUGAUAUGUGAUGCCGGUCAUAACAUCUCUCCCUGCCUGUUCAGACAGCUUGUCCUCGAGCUGAAAGUCGGGGUUGCGGUCCCUGAACGACUGGAGCGGCUCCUAUGUGGCGUCGUCGCUGGGCAGGCCGUGCCAGGCACCCCGACGAAGCUGGGCGUGCAGGAAGAAGACGGCUGUCCUGGACGGGUGGUAUGGGUGGUGGAGACGUCGGAGGGUCCCUGCGGAAUGGCUUGAGCAGCCCCACGUGGAACACAUCAUGUAGACGGGCGCCGGCUGGAAGCUGAAGGCGAUAGGCCAUCUACCCCACGUGCUCCAGCACCUGGAAGGGCCCGACGUAGCGCGGUCCCAGCUUCCCUGUGGGCCGGGACUCCAGUGAGCGUGUCGGGCGGUGGAGGAGGCGAUGCCACACCCAAUCCCCCAACACGAACUCCAACUACUGGUGGAGGUCGUCGUAUUAGCGCUUGGCAUGCUGCUGGGCCUGGAGAAGACGCUCGCGAACCUCCACGAGGAAGGCAUCGCGAUCGCGCAGCAGCGUGUCCACCGCCUCUGUCUAAGCUGUCCCUGCGGCGUGAGGAAGGUGCGGCGUGAGGAAGGAGAGACGGCGUGGCCGGCCAUACACCACCUUGAAAGACGUGGCGCGGAGGGCCAUGUGGAAGGAAGUAUUGUAACAAUACUCCGCCCACGGAAGCCAGUCGGCCCAGGCGCGCGGCCGAUCCCCCGUGAGGUAGCGAAGGUACAUUGUGAUCACCUUGUUGACAACCUUGGACUGCCCGUCCGUCUAUGGGUGGAAUGCCGUGCUCAAGCGGGUCUUGACACCAGCCAUCUUGAAGAGGUCGAGCCACAUGUGACUGGUGAAGGCUGAGUCACGGUCGCUAACGAUGGAUGUGGGGAAGCCACGCAGGCGAACAAUGUCGUCGAAGAAGGUGACCGAGGCAGCCGAGUAUGGGUGAUUGAGAGCGAUGAAGUGCGCAUACUUGGAGAAGUGGUUGACGACGGUGAGGAUCACGGACCUCCCAUGAACCUUUGGUAGCGCCUCGAUGAAAUCCAUCGAGAUGUCAGCCUACACCUGGGAGGGCACGUCAAGGGGCUGAAGAAGUCCUGCGGGCUGCAGGGUCGGCGUCUUGUUGCGCUCGCACGUGGCACACGCUUGGACGUAGUCCUGGACGAGCGCCCUGUCGCCGGGGAUGUAGAAGCCCACGCGUAGUCACUGAAGGGUCUUUUGGAUCCCCUCAUGGCGGGCUGGCGUAGAUCAUGCUGCGCUGGCACAAAGAUGCAUUUGCCGUGGAGCAGGAAGCCGUCGUCGGUGCGCCACGGUGCCUCGAGGGAAGCGUCGCGCAGCUGCUGUAAGAGGCGGCCUGCCUCCUCAUCGAUCUCGGUGGUGGCGCGGAUCUCGUCGAGGAGGCUGAACGAGGAAGCCGAGAGGGCAUGCAGCAUGGCGUCAUCGGUGCCGCAGUCGGAGUCACGACGCGAGAGGGCGUCUGCCGCGACGUUUAGGCGGCCUGGGCGAUAUCGAUAGCAAAGUCGAAGCCAAACAACUUGCUAAGCCACUGAUGCUGAGGGACAGUGGACAACUGUUGAUCCAGGAGGAACUUUAGUCUGUAGAGGUCGGUGCGGACAAGGAAGCGGCGACCCUAUAGGUACUGCUGCCAGUGUCGUACAGCCUGCACCAGGCUGAUGAGCUCCUACUCAUACGCCGCUAGCUUGUGGUGGCGAGCGGUGAAGGGUCGGCUGAAGAAGGCCAGCAGCUCGGCGUCCAGCCCCAGGAAGCCGCACAUGCCCCUGGCCAAACGAGGGUCCGGCCAGGUCGAGACGGCAUCCACCUUGUCGCUAUCCAUAGUGACACCGUUAGCGGAGAUGACAUGGCCGAGGUAGGUGACCGGCGGCGCCCCGAAGGUGCACUUGGAGCGCUUCAGGUGGAGGUCAUGGGUGCGGAGGGCGUCGACCUCCAAGUAGAAGAGCCACGGGCACUCCGAUGUCCCUGCACGUGCUGUUCGUCACAGUUGUAGCAGAGACCCUGGCGGCGGCGCUCGAUCAUCUCGGCUAGCGUCAGGCGGCGAAAAGGCCGCAGGGGCGCGGGCAGUGCCGGUACCGUGGCCGGGCAGGUAAGACCGGCGCCGAGGUCGGGGUUGGUAGCGCCGAUGGCGCCGCCCGUGGACGAGGUGGAGCAAGCAGCAGCAUCGGCCGCUGCAGAGGCCGUGUGGGCCGCUGGGGCUGCAAUGCCAUGGUGGCCGUAGCGCGACGCUCGAAGGCCCGCGCGAGGUGCAUCGCCGUCUACAGGUCCUUAGGUUCCUGGAGCUCGACGUCGACGCGGAUGUGCUCGGCAGCCUUCUAGCGGGGAGACAAUUGGGAGGUGUUGCACACCGGUGCGUUAAAGCGCUCCUGGUAGUUCUGGACCGUGUGGUGGAAAGGCAGCCGCGCAAGCUCGGCGAGGCGGUUGCAGCGUAUCGGCAGCCCGAAGCGCAUGUUGUAAAGUUCGGUGAAGCGCUCCUAGGAUGGCGUGCCCUCAUCCUAUUCCAGGGCAUAGUACCACGUCUGGGCCACGCCCGUGAGAUGGUAUGGGGUGAGCCAGAUGCAAUCGGAGGCGAGUGUCUGCUGCCCCCUAAAGAAUUGCUCACACUGCGUGAGCCAAUUCAUGGGUCCUCGUGCCGUCAUACUUUGCGAAGUCCAGCUUGCUGAAGCGAGGAACGCCCAAACCGGCUUACGUCCCGGGCGCGUCGGUCGCUGGAGACACCGGCGGCGUGGAGGACGGCUGCAGCUGCGCGAAUGUUGGCAUGGUGGGAAUUGGGGACGGCGAAUGGGGAAAAUUGAUCUGGUGGAUGGGAAGUGGGGCGGAUGGGGCAGUGGUGGCGGUGGAAGCGGGCGGCGCGGUGGGCAGGGUGGCGGUGGAGACAGCGGCGGCCGGGAACGACAGCGAGCCGAACCUUGGCAUCCCGUAGGGCAAAUCCUGGGGCAUGACACCCGUAGAUGUGGAAGCGUGCUGACUCUUCAGGGAUAUGGCGAUGUCGGCCAGGGCCUUCGUGGUGGCGUCAGCGGCCGGGGGCUGCUGCUCCUCCGAAUCCUCGGUGCCUGGCAUAGCUGAUACCAGAUUGAUAGAACCAGGGGUUCUACCGCGGCUGCGUAGGUGGUAGGAGUAGGAGACUUGUGGCCGGGGCUUGAACCCCCGGUGGUGAGGUGGCGCGUGGUGCAGCGAGUAGGGGAAGGCCGCGGCGAGUGAGGAGUCGCGAGGGAGAGGGAGGCGUGCGUGAGGGAAGCCCCGUGAGGCCAGGCAAAGUAUUUGCCUUGCUUAAUUAAUUCCGAAACUGUUUAGACGUAUUUAUCCCUCUCCUAACAAACGUGAUCCUAUUCUUAUGGAAACAAACCAAAGUAUCUAGGGAAAGAAAUCUAUGCAGCAGCCCCAUGACUGAUGGCUAUCUCGACCCCGACGUUGAUAUGUGAUGCCGGUCAUAACAGCUUGUAAGGUGAACUGUAUUUUUUUCUCUAUAUCAGUUUGCUGUGUUGGUAUUUGUUGAGAAAAUGGCUUACCUGACUGAUCUGGCUCAUUCAUUUCAUACUGUUAGAGUAUAUUAGGCAACUCCAGAUAUGGUUAGUUAAGGAUUGAUUGUAAUCCCGGGAUAACCUUUCUUAUCUCUAAGAGAGGCCACUUGCCCUCCAAGCCAUGUACUCCUAUAUAUUCGCCCUAGAGGCUCAAUGCAAUAUAUCCCACGCAUUAUACACAAUCUUACAUGGUAUCACGAGUCUAGGUUCUAAACCUAGGCACCGCGUCUGGAUCCGUGCCCCUUCUGCGCAACAGGCCAGGCGCCCCUCUUCCUACUAGCGCCACCGCACCGCUGCCUUGAGCGCGAGUGCGUGGAUGCGGAGGCAGAUUGUGGGGUCGCCAGGCUACCGUGCCGUUGGGGCUGUCGGGCCACCGCAUCGCCAAUCGACACUGUCGAUGGGCCGCUGCACUGUGGGGCUCCGCCCCUUCCCCGCUCCCCCAUCCUACCUGCGCCACCGCACCGCUGCCUUGAGCGUGAGUGAGUGGCCGCGGAGGAAGUACCCGAAGGUUCGUCUUGCUUCUGCUGUUUUCUUUUUCUUUCCGAUCAGAGAUCGGUUUGUGUCGCCCUGCCGUUCGUCGCCACUCCAUCGUCGACACUCACGAGGAUGAGGUUGUCACUGUGCCUUCCUAGGCUGCAGCGCCGACGCUCGUGGUCAAGCCAUCAUCGCCGGUGUCGCCACCUUUUCAGGCGGUGGUGCCAUCCGCUGCUGGUCCUCGUCAAGCUGGCACUCGAUCCGAGUCCGCACCUACUACCGUUUUUCACGCGGACACCGCUGCCGAUGUUGCUGAAGGAAGACGCCCAAGCGCUUUUCAACAGCCUCGUCUACCAUCGCCAUCCACCGCUCGCCGUCCUGCUGCUGUCAUCGGCAAGAAGCUGCUGAUUUUGUGUACUCGCAUGCCUUUGUUGACGCUUCGGACUUGCGCCCUCCUCCACAGCUUAGACCACGUCCACCUCGACCUCCUCUACUUUGGCACUAAAGGGCUAUCAUCAGCAUGAGCUACUCCAGUCGAAGCAUUCACACCGGCGUUCCGACUGUGGGGGGAUAUCUCCAGUGUUCUCCAGUCUGUCCGUUCGUGUUGCUACCGCUACGACUGCGGGAGGGAUGUUAGAGUAUAUUAGGCAACUCCAAUAUGGUUAGUUUAGGAUUGAUUGUAAUCCCGGGAUAACCUUUCUUAUCUCUAAGAGAGGCUACUUGCCCUCCAAGCCAUGUACUCCUAUAUAUCCACCCUAGAGGCUCAAUGCAAUAUAUCCCACGCAUUAUACACAAUCUUAUACAUAGUUUGAGCAUGCAAUACGUAUAUGCCUAAGAAGGCAUGGAAAUUAAACUAUCAGUACGUCCUGUGUCAGAAAUAAGGAUUUAUGUAUUAAUUCAUAGUGCUCGAGAGUCGAGACAGGAUUUUUGCUCUAUUGAGAAUUGCUCUUUCCGAACCUUUGUAUGAAUUGGUUUAGAAAAUUAAAUUUUUCAAAAGAUUGCCUGGACUCAUUGGCUCUUGGAAAAUUUAAUUUUGUUGAAGCUUGCCCUGAACUCAUUUGACCUUAUUAAUAUGAUGGUUUGUGAUAGUUACUUAUUUUUUCAAUUUUAUGCAUUAUUUUGUCGUCACCCGAAGUUGAAAUGUUGUGUC